UAUGUUAAGCCCCGCCCCCGGCGUGUGUAAGUGAAAGCGAAAGUUUGGGGAGCUGUCCGAGGGGCAGACGUCGAGCUUCUCUUCCGUCUCUGCUCGUUUUUCAGCUCGGUUCCGACCUUUGUGUCCUCAGAGGGGGGCAGAUAUUUGUCCUGUGAAGCCGGAGGACCCCGCCUGCUGUCCCGCCGUCCUCUCAGCAGCAGCAUGCCGGACGUCAGGCUGUGCCUGGAGGCCGUCUCUGCGCUCCUGGGCUGCAGAGCCGAAGCGACCACCGGAAGCUCCCAGUUCACCCCGCAGGAUCUGGUCAACGUCGUGGCCCUCAAAGAGUUUUACAAGCAGGAGGGCUUUAAAGAGCUGGAGUACCCCAGCUUGGGGACGCUGUCUCUGCACGAGUUAGACGAAGCCGACAUGUACAGCUCCCCCCCGGCCCUGGAGGCGCCUCCGGAGAGAUCCCAGCUCACUGUGGAAAUCAACACGGAGAACUUCUUCCAUCCUCAGUACGACUACGACUUCACCAACGUCAAGGAUGGAGAUAAGAAGUUCACGCGUGGUAACGAGCAGUACGUCCGCCCCUGCGGGUGGAACCGCGUUGCCCUGCGGGUCGUGCAGAAGUACAGCGACGGGGACAAGUGGCUGGGGACGGGGCGGGAUGCCUGGCCCGUUUCCUACCAGGGGAAAAACAUGGACGGCUCCCUCAUCCUGACCCACGGCGGCAAGCCCGACGACCAGCCACAGUUUCUGGACGCCGCCGCCGCCUCUUUGUUAACGGAGGGGACGAAGGGCCGGGGGGUGUACUCCACACCGGACAUCAGGAUCGCAGAGAAGUACUGCAAGAAGUUCAAGUCCGGAGUGGACGGGAAGACGUACCAGGUGGUCCUCCAGAACCGCAUAAACCCGGAAAAAAGGAAGUCGUGCCAGAGGCAAGGCGUCUGGGUGGUGUACAUCCCCGAGGACAGCAGCGACGUGAGGGUGAGGGCCCUCGUGCAGGAGUCCAUCCGCCCGUACGGGCUGCUGCUGAAGCAGGUGUGAUGCAGCUGUAACGACCUGCCGUCACUUCAGCUUCACGAUUUUCACAUUGUUAACAAAAAACUGAGAACAUGCUUCAAGUUCCCACGCGUGGGACUAAUAAAGGUAUCUUAUCUUAUCUUAUGCUUACUCCGGGCUCGUGGGAGGACGAGCUCCUGAAAGCUCUUUAUUGGGAGGGUGUGGGAAUAAUAAGCCAGAGGUCACAGUAUCGUCUCUUUAUCCUCACAGUUUAAUAAAAAUACGACUGUCUGAUCAAACCUCUCUGAUCCGCGCUGCCUUUGAGUCUCCUCACAGCUCCGAAAAUUCCACCAAUCACAACGUUAGAUCCAAACCACCAAUAAAUAAUCCAUCAUAUCAAACACAGGAGGCGGGAAACAUGCAGCACGGUUAGCGGCGUCCUGCCUCACGCUGGGAUCCUUUCGCUCGGUGUCAGGGUUGGAGAUAGUGAGGCCGGGUCAGAGGGGCAGACACCUGUCAGUCACAGGUGAGCGCACACGCCGGCUUUAAGAUUUUACUAAUUAAACUUCAUGUUGUUAUUUCAAUAAGACUUGAGACUAAUGAGCUCAGAAUAAAUUGCUUGCUGCGGUCUAAGAUACGAUAGAUCCUUUUGUCACUGUUACCAGUUUACGACACCAACUGUCUGCCAUCUAUAAUCCAGUUUUGAGUUCCCUCCCCAGACGCCUUAACGCCCACUCACAUCCUGGGCCAUCUGACCUCAGGAAA